AUGUCAAAGGCCAACCUCGACUCAGAUUUGUAUGGAGGUAGGCGUACAUCCCAUUCACAUCCCCUUUUUACGGAUUGUGUAGACAUCUACGGUGAUGAGUACAACGAGUACGCGGUACCAGUUCAGGAUGCGGAUCUUCAAGAACAAGAAGAAACUCAGGAAGAAGCUCAACCAGAAGAAUCGAAAGAGCCUUCACCGGAACACGAUCUGCAAUCUUCAAAAAGCACCCCUUUUACAGGACAAGACGCGCAUCGUUCACUGCCUGCCAAACCCUCCGCUCAAUCAACGCAAGCUGCCCAGCUCUCAUAUUCCGCUCAAAUAGCCAAGCAGUUCUCGGUCUACCAACAAACUCCAAGUCAAGAACGCCAACAACGGACAGAAAUCCCACUUCCUCGAAAUCCGAGGGACACUCGUCCGACCAAUCCAAUACCAACCGUGACCACAUCAGUCGACUCUGGUCAGUCGUCUUUGGACCCUAAUAGCGUGUUUGGGAAAAAACCCUCAGAGAUGCAUGAUGCUGGGUGA